AUGGCCACAUCGACUGGCGGAGGAUGGGCUCAGCUGCGACAGCAGGCUCGGUCUUUUGAGACUCAAACCGAAUCUCUUUUCCACACAUACUCUCAAUAUGCAUCCAUGUCACAGUUGCCCCCGAAGCCGUCAGAAGAAGAGGAGCGCGUGGAAGGACAAAUCCAGACCCUUCUUGAAAAGCGUGAAUCCCUCAUCGGCCAACUUACCCGACUUCUGGAUUCAGAAGCCACUCUUACAUCCUCAGCUCUGAAACAAAACAAUCUAGCCCGACAUCGCGAGGUACUAUCGGAACACCGUCGAGAAUUAAAUCGUCUUUCAUCGAGUAUCUCCGAGGCCCGUGAUCGUGCGAAUCUUCUGUCAAACGUACGCUCCGACAUCGAUGCCUACCGAUCCUCCAAUCCGCAUGCAGCAGAAGCCGAAUACAUGCUUGAGGAACGCGGACGCAUCGAUAGCAGCCAUAAUAUGAUGGAUAGAGUUUUGUCUCAGGCAUAUGCCGUCAAUGAAAGCUUUGGCAUGCAACGUGAAACCCUCGCGAAUAUUAAUCGUCGUAUUGUUGGUGCUGCUGGACAGAUUCCUGGUGUGAACUCAUUGAUCGGCAAAAUUGGUGCCAAACGGAGACGCGAUGCUAUAAUCCUUGGCUGUUUUAUUGGCUUUUGUUUCGUGGUCUUGUUGUUUUUCGGAUAA